CAACCCUCCAGUUGGGAGACAACUGCUGGCGGGACUCAACUCAAGGGAGAUGUUAUACUUAAGCGCCACACACAAACUAGACUUGAUGGAGAAUGCCGUGGAACUGCUGCAAGUUUGAUUAAGGAGAUGCUGAAGGACGAAGUGAGGACACUCACCUACAGGAAUUCCAUGUACCACAACAAGCACAUCUUCAAGGACAAAAUAGUGUUGGAUGUUGGAAGCGGGACUGGGAUCCUAUCCAUGUUCGCAGCCAAGGCAGGGGCAAAGCACGUGUAUGGGAUUGAAUGUUCCAGUAUAUCAGAGUAUUCAGAGCGGAUCAUCAAGUCCAACCACCUCGACAGUGUGAUCACCAUCUUCAAAGGCAAAGUAGAGGAGAUGGAGCUUCCUGUGGAGAAGGUUGACAUCAUCAUAUCUGAGUGGAUGGGCUACUGCCUCUUCUAUGAGUCAAUGCUCAACACUGUCAUCUUUGCCAGGGACAAAUGGCUGAAACCCGGUGGAUUGAUGUUCCCUGAUCGUGCCUCUCUGUAUGUGGUGGCCAUAGAAGACAGGCAGUAUAAAGACUUCAAAAUACAUUGGUGGGAGAACGUAUAUGGAUUUGACAUGACCUGUAUCCGUAAUGUGGCCAUGAAGGAACCACUGGUGGAUGUAGUAGACCCCAAACAGGUGGUGACCAACUCCUGCCUGGUCAAGGAGGUGGACAUCUACACAGUAAAGACUGAGGAUCUCUCAUUCACCUCAGCAUUCUGCCUUCAGAUCCAGAGGAAUGACUACAUCCAUGCAAUGGUUACCUACUUCAACAUCGAGUUCACCAAGUGUCACAAGAAGACUGGUUUUUCAACUGCUCCAGAUGCACCAUACACCCACUGGAAGCAGACGGUGUUUUAUCUGGAGGACUAUUUGACAGUGCGAAGAGGAGAGGAAAUCAUUGGAAGCAUUGCUAUGAAGCCCAAUGAGAAAAACAUUCGUGACUUGGACUUUACCUUCGAGCUGGAUUUCAAAGGACAACUGUGUGAAGCAGCCAUUUCUCAUGACUACAAGAUGCGUUAAGCUCGACUUGAUGGGCCUUUGGUGUCCCACUGAGUGCAACCGCUGACCACCAGAGGGAAACAGAAACACUCCCAUGACCGCGGAUGGACACACUGUGUGAGAUAAAAGUGGCACAGAACAAGACAGAGACUAGGCCAAAGCCCAGGCCAACGUGGUCCCACUGACAAUAUUAUCAUUGUCAAUGCUGUGUUUGAUGAAGGCAAGAAGUUACUGAUGCCGACUGCGAAACAGCUCUGAAUAUAACACUGACAAAAAAGGCUAGCAGUAUUUUGUAGUCAUGAUGAAUAUUAUUGAUCACAGAUGUAUGUAUACGUGAGAUGGAGUGAUGUACAGUACAUGUGCAUUUUGUUUAGUGUUUGUUUUCCAAAAUAACUUGGACCUAAUGGAGGAACAGCUGACAAUUUUGAAAAUACACUAGAGCUAAUCUAUUGAAUAAUUCUGUUUCCCACAUUCUGUUAGACAAAGUUAAGAUGUAGUUCUUGUGUCAUAAUAUGUACUAUAGGGAAUAAAAUUAUUUAAAACUAUAUUAAUUUAGCUAUGUUGGAAAACUAACAGUAAUUGAACAACUACAGCCAAGGAGAACCCUGCACACUGUAGGUACAUGUAUAAGGUACAGUUAUGUGUUUGCAUAGGCCGUGCACUAGUAGAUUUCUGAGUGUACAUUGUUGUUGGACUGCCGAUGUGCCGUGUCAUCAGUUUGAGCUGUGAUGUUGACAUGCCAGUAGCAUAACUUUGCCAUCCUAAAUGCAUUGACCACCUGCCCAAGUGUACCUAGUUCUUUUACACGCUUCUGCAGUCUUUUUUUCUACAGUAGCAACAGAAAAUCUUGUUCGAUGUACCAUAUGUAUAUACAAGUACCCUGAUGUAAUACUGAUUUUUUUUUAUUUAUCUGAGUCUCAGACUUUAUUGAAGCUGAUGAAAAUUAUCUUUGCACUUCACCUUUGCUCUUACUAAGGUCAUUACCAAGGUAACCACUGAAUGGGUUUCUUCACUCAAACCAUGUGGAUAUUGGAUAUCUGAAGUUGUCUUGAAAACUUCUAAAGAUUACAGUAAAAAAUAUGAAUUCUUCUUUGAAGCAUUUAUUGAUAUAUAGUCAGUAUGUAAAGGUUUUAGAACCUUCAAGUUUUCUACGUUAUGUUUCAGACUCAUCUUCAAAUGGAUUCCAUUCAUUUUUCCCUCACCAGUUUACACACAAUCCUCCACAGUGAUAAAAUGAAAACAGGUUUUUGGAGUGUUUUUUAUUCAUUAAAUAUAAAAGACUGACAACUCAUUUAAUUCUCGAAUGGAAGAGAUCUGGAACUACCAACAGUCUUCAUAGAUCUGGUUGCCCAGCCAAAUGGAGGCGUCAAGGACAAAUGGCCUUGGUCAGACCAAGAACCCAAGGGUCAUUAUGAAUGAGAUCCAGAGUUCCUUUAUGGAGAUGUGAGAACCUUACACAAGGACAACCAUCGGUGCAGCACUCCACCAAUCAGGCCCCUAAGGUAGAGUGGCCAGAGGGAAGCCAGUCUUCACUAAAAGACACAUGACAGCCUGCUGGUAGUUUGUCAAAAGGCACCUAAAGGACUAUCAGACCAUGAGAAGCAUAAUCCUCUGGACUGAUGAAACAAAGAUUGAGCUCUUCGGUCACAAUUACCCAUGGUGUGUGUGGAGAAAACCAGGCACUCAGCAUCACCUUCCUAUCAUCCCUACAGUCAAACACGGUGGUGGCGGCAUUGUGCUAUUGGGAUGUUUUUCUACAACUGGGAGACUAGUUAGGACAGAGGGAAGGAUGGAUGCAGGAAAAUAUAGAGCAAUUCUAAAUGAAAAAUUUCUCCAAAGUGCUCAGGGUGGGGCAAAGGUUUAGGAUGUUGUCUUGUUGAAAUGUAAAGCAGACCUCCAAGAAAACACAGGAGUGGCUUCGGGAAAACUGUGAAAGUACGGGAGUGGCCCAGCCAGAGAAAAUGGCUGUGCACCAAUGCUCUCCAUCCAAACUGGUUGACCUUGAACAGUUCUGCCAAGAAGAAUGGAAGAAAGUUCCAAAAGAAAGGUGCCAAGCUUGUAUCUUCUUUCUCCAGAAGACUUGAGACAUCGCUGUUGUUGCUGCUAAAGGUGCUUUAAUCAAGUACUAAGUGAAGGGUCUGAAUAAUUAUGUAAAUGGGAUAUUUCAUUCUUUUACUUUUUAGAAAUUUAAAUAACAUUCCAACAACCUGUUUUUUACUUUGUCAUUGUGAAGUAUUGUGUGUAGAUUGAUGAGGGGGAAAAAAAUCAAUUUUAAUGAGCCUGAAACAUAAAAUGUGGAAAACUUGAAGGGGCCUGAAAACUUUCUGUACGGACUGUAAUGCUGCCUUUCUCACAUAUUCUAAUUGUGUGUUCUACACUACUGUCAUAUCCAGAAACAGCCAAAACUGGCCUCUGUUUCCAUGUCUUCUACACCAUGCAGAGAACCUCAUGAAUAUUUUCAGAGCUGUAGGCAAAACGUACAGUCAGAGCACUUGAGAGCAAUGAAGGAAACUAUACAUUCUAAUAACAAGAAACUGUAGUAUCAAACUGAGUGCUGCUUUCUGAGAGCACAUUUGGAAUGCAUCCACAGUAACAUGUCUGAUGAAAGCUGCUCAAAUUAAUGACAGAGCUAGAUUGACAUACAAUUAAAAAUUCUAUCUGGCAUGUUAAUUCCACAUAAAUUUGUUAUAUUGA